UAGCGGUCGCGGGAGUGGGCAGGAAACGGUUCGGUUCGGACUAUGUAAGACGACGAGGCGGCGGCCGAGGGGUCCGAUCGUGCCGAGUCCCCAUCGAGACCGGAGUAGUAGUGUCCGAUCGGCCGUCGCGGCGCGUGGAGCUUUCCGCCGUUUAGCGAUCGUUCGCCUCGCGUGCGAACGUAUCCGUGGGACAAACGUACCGUGACGAUCAGCGGAGAAACUCCAGAUUCAAUCCGACGGUUUCGUUCCGGGCUAAGGUCACCGCGAACGUCCUCUCAAUCGUCCUCGCGAGAGGGUCCUCGGCGAAUUGGAGAACGGCACGAUCAGGCCUCGAUCGAGAAAAUGCAGGAUAUAUGAGAUGAAUCCGGUCACCGACAGAAACGUGCGAAUGAGAGAGGUGGUGAAGUGGUGACGAAAGUAUACUCUGUCGGUGUUUUUUUUUUUGCGCGCGGAUCUCACUCCCGAUAUCUAAUUGUUCGACAUUUUUCACUUGCGUGUGCUCGACGUGAUCUGUGCUUGCGGCCGGACCGGCGUUGUGAAAUCCUCGAAAAAGAAGAGAAAAGGAUAGAGAUCAAAGUUUCUUUCUUCGUCACGUCACUAUCAAAUCUCAUACGAAAUGGAGGAGGCCAAUCAGUUGGACACGUCGACGUCCAAUAUCCUUCUGAUGUCAAAGAUCGGCGCGAUGAUCGGUCUCGGCUUCGGUUCCCUCGCGCUGGGAACGCUGCCGUUGAUGGUGGGACGUUGCAGGGCCAAGAUGCAACUACGCCAGAAACGUCGCCGGGCGAUCUCCUCCAAUCAUUUCAACACCUCCACGUCCACCUCGGUGUCGAACGCGUCCUCGCCGAUCGUCGACUCGGCCUCCGCGGCGAACAAGCAAGGUCUCUUGACGUCGCUCUUGCUCUGCUUCGGCGGCGGCGUGCUCCUGUUCACGACGUUCGUACACCUGGCACCGGAAGUGCGCGCUAGCGUUGAGACUCAUCAGUCGAACGGACAACUGCCCGAUCUCGGUACCCUCGGUCUGGCCGAGCUGCUCUUCUGCAGCGGCUUCUUCCUCGUCUACCUGGUCGAGGAAGCCGUGCAUGCCGCCCUCACCGGCAAGCCCGAAUCCUCGGAAACUUUACUCUACCGUACCGUGUCGGUGCGCAGAUGUAACAACAAUCAGACGGGUCCGUCGGGCUCAUCGGUGAACGGCUCGAUCACCACCGUGUCCACGACGACAAAGUCCACCGCGUGGAAAGAUGAUACCGAAGACAACAAGGAUCGGCCGAAACUUCAGCUCGAUGAUUCUCGCGAUCAAGAAGGCAAGGACAAUAAAGUGGUGCCGACUAUAUUCGUCCUGCCUGUCGCGUUGCCGAACGAAGGACAUCAGGUUGUGCAAAGGCAUUCCGAUUUAGAACUAGCAAUGCCGGAACUGAACUACUCGGUCAAUCAUCAUUCUAACGGCCAUCAUCAUCAUCAUCAUCAGCACGGCGCGAUGAUGCAAAACACCUCAGUGCAAGGACUGUUGACCGUGCUCGCGUUGUCCUUUCACGCGAUAUUCGAGGGCUUGGCGGUGGGUCUGGAGCCGUCCAUCAGCUCGGUCGCAUAUCUGGCAGCCGCUAUCGCGACCCACAAACUGGUGAUCUCCUUCUGCGUCGGAAUGGAGCUCUAUGUGGCCGGCGCGUCGACCAGGACUACCCUCGGCUACCUGACGAUCUUCUCCAUGGUCACGCCGAUCGGGAUUGCCAUUGGACUCGUUCUCGACCAUUUCAAGAACGACAGCGAGAAUUUGGGGCCGACGCCUACUAUACUUCAGGGCAUGGCGGCCGGCACCCUGCUCUACGUGGUGUUCUUCGAGGUGCUGGCGCGGGAGCGGGCGAACGAGAAGAGCGGCCUGCUGCAGCUGGUCGCAAUCAUUAUCGGCUUCACGCUGAUGCUGGGCCUGCAGAUCGCCACUGCCCAUUCCCACUCGCAUGGACAUUCGCAUGGUAACCACACGCAUAUGGAGGGGCACGAUGACGAUCACGAUCACCAUGACGAUCACGAUCAUGAUCACGAGCACAAGCACGGCGUCGUCACGGGGGCGAUCGACAAAGUGACCGACAGCAUCGCCGAGGUGCUCUCCAACGCCCUCACGUCCUCGACGACGACGGUACAGUCGAACGACGUGAGCGAGAUCAGCCCGUUGCGUCCUCAGCGCAGUUAGGGGACCAACCUUUACCGGGUUCCCGCAAGUUCCAAGCUCCACGGCUGAACUCUCUUCGGCAAGAGAUUCAGCGCGACCAAAAUCUCUCGGGAAGCUCGACGAUCUCGAGACGGCGGCAACGCCUUUCAACUCAGGGGACUCUUCUCACACGCAUUUUUUUAAAAACAUUUAGCGAAGUAGGAAAAUGAGAUGUUGAGACGAGGGGAAGAAGAACGGUGUUAUAAGCUGACUCUUUAGUGCGUGGAUUUUGCGCGUCGAUCGGACUGACGGCCUCGUGAACGGAUGUUCCUGAUGGACGUGGUGCAAAUAGCGGGAAACUCAUGUCGCACACUACGUUCGAUAAGACAGUCUUUCAUCGCUGCUCCGACUGGAAAAUGCGGAGAAGAAACUUCACGGAUUUGCUGCACCGCUUUCGCUGACUAUCGCGACAGACAUCCUUGAAGAAGAAUUUCUCGCUCAAAGUCGCGACCGGAGAAGAAAAAAAAGUUCACCGAUAUAUUGUAUUUGUGUCUGAGUUUAUUUUUUUAGAUACGUAGUAGAGAAUAAGUCAAUUUGUAGCUGUACGAUCAUUUAAGUGCCUUCGAGACCUAAAUACGCCACAGUAUCGAAAGUACUGACAGUAAUGUACGAGGGCGUUCUCCAAAAUUUAAACACAUUUUUCGAUAAAGCAAUGCAAAAAAAAACAUGGACGCUGAGCUUAUCGCGAGGUCCAUCAGAUUCCUAAUUACUCAACGAAUCCAAACAGGCCAUGCGCAUUUAUAUUAUAAUAAGAAAUUUUAAUAAAUUAUCACAGAUAUUUUUUA